UGGCUGUGGUGCUGUUUUCAAAGAAAUUAAAGUGCCGGCGAAUUAUUGUUAUCUCGUGAGGUCAAUUCAUGUGAAUUCAUGCUGUUACAACUUAUGCCAAGUUGAUUGCUACUGUUACAGUUGUUAAAGUAGAUGAGCGCAGCGUGCUUUACAACUCUGGACAAGAUUUAGUUGGAAUAUUUACAGCAGAUUCCAGGUUAGUCUUUUCCUGUUUUGCAAAUGGCGGACGCCGACAUUGAUUUAUAUGCUGAUGAUAUUGACCAUGACUUUAAUCAGGACGGAGAUUAUAAUCAUGAUACUAAUGUCGAUCUUUAUGAUGAUGUUAUUACUGCUCCGUCAGAUGAGCAUCAUAAUGACGAAGGUAGACCUUCGUCAGCUGGUAGCUCAUCCCCCCAUCAUUCUAGGCAUGCAGGUAAACGCGUAGCUGUUUACGUUGGGAAUUUGACCUGGUGGACUACUGAUCAAGAUCUGACUGAUGCGAUGCAAAGUCUCGGAGUUAAUGACAUCAUAGAAGUAAAAUUCUAUGAAAAUAGAGCUAAUGGCCAGUCGAAAGGUUUCUGCGUUGUUGCUUUAGCGUCUGAGAAUUCGCUUCGCAUCGUUAUGGAAAAGUUGCCUAAAAAGGAAUUGCACGGUCAAAAUCCUGCAGUUACUGCAUGUACUCGUCAAAAUUUAAACUAUUUUGAGUUACAGUCAAGAAAAGGUGGUCAUGGUGGUGGAAAUCGUCAUGAUAACUCAAAUGAGAGACGAAGUAGAGAUCGUGAUAGAGAAGGAGAUCGAGACGGUAGACACUCCAGGUCGGAUGGUCGAUCCAUGCAACAAGAUCGGUCCAGAAAUAGAAAUAACUCUCAGCAGUCAUAUCAGCAACAACAAAGAAUGGCUCCUGGUAAUAUGCAUCCUCCGCCCCAAGGCCCUCCCCCACCUCAGUAUCAACCGGGUCGCACUCCAUGGAUUUCUGCUCCUCCUCCACAAAUACCCAACAUGCCCCCGCCACCUACAAGGCCAGGUGGUCCUCCUCAUGCUGGUGCACCUCCACCGCCUCCUGGAAUUCAAGCUCCACCACCGGUUAGACCGGGACCUCCUCCUCCCAAUAACAUGAGAUUGCCACCACCAAGAGGUCCCCUUCCCCCAAUGGGCCCUAGGAGUGUACCACCACCAGACACACGUGGACCACCUCCUACCAGUGAAUGGGAUCGUCAUCUGUCACAGCCACCACCCCAACAUGUUGCUAUGCCUCCACAGCCAGUGGGACCACCAAAUAGACCCCCACCUCCUGUCCCAACACCUGGAGCAGGGAUGCCACCACAAAUACCACCACCUGCUCCUCCAAUACCAAGCCCUCACAUUAAUCCUGCAUUUUUCCAUCAACAAGGAGUUCCGCCAGGGCUUGCUCCAACUUCGCAAUCCGCAGAAAUGUACAGUCGGCCACCACCCGUGCAGUUUUCAGAUUACCGACCUGUAAAUGAUAGAGGUCCCGAAUCCGCGCCUCCAUCAGUAUCGGAUACAGAAUUUGAAGAGAUAAUGGGGCGAAAUAGAACUGUGUCUAGUAGCGCCAUUGGUAGAGCUGUGGCGGAUGCUAGUGCCGGAGAUUAUGCCAGUGCGAUUGAAACUUUAGUUACCGCAAUUUCUUUGAUUAAGCAGUCAAAGGUCGCAAACGAUGAGAGAUGUAAAAUCCUGAUCAGCUCGUUGCAAGAUACGUUGCACGGAAUUGAAUCCAAGUCGUAUGGAUCAAGAAGCAAAGAAAGAGCCCGCUCUCGUGAACGUGAAAGAUCCAGAGAGAGGUCUUCCCGCAGAGAAAAGUCCAGUAGACGAGAUCGAUCUCGCAGCCGUGAUCGAGAAUACAGAGAUAGAAGUCGUGAACGAGAUCGAUAUCAUGAUGAUCGCUAUCGUGACAAAGAUAGAGACCAUGAUAGAGAUCGCCGAAGCAGUCGACAUUAAAUGUGAUAUGAAUGCUGCUGAAGAAAUUGUUCACCUUGAAAAGAUUUUCAAAUAAAAGUUUUAUGGCUUUUAUCUCAAGUCUGCCUAAACGUUUAGGCAGUAUUGAAGGUUAUGGUAGUAAAAGGAAUGAAAUUAUUUAUCAUCCCCCAAAAUCUGAGCAUGCAGAAGGAUCUGUUAUAUUCUUCGGUGGAGAU